AUGGACAUGCAUCUUUCAAUAUCGUCUUUUUUGUUUGUUCUCAUUGGUUUUUCUCUACAAAAUCAAGUAUUAUCAUCACCAUCACCAGUAAUUCUUUGGUCUAAUGAGGUACUUCCUAAAUCGGCAGGCGCGCUUUCUACUCAGCGACCACUUGAUCUGAUUUCCGAUAAUAUCUGUACAUUACCGAAUGAAAUAAUUCAAUUAGAAAUAAUUGCUGUAAAAGAUUUCCUUAUUGAAGAUAUCUAUGAAGGUUUACAAAACAAUUAUCCACUUUUAACAGAUAUUAAAAAAGAUCAAACUAAUCUUCGUUAUUACCCAAAUUGUGGUAAAGAUGCGUAUGAUAUAUUUUCAAAGGCUCCUCAAUCGAACAAUAUGAAAUGUGCUCGUACACAUUUUCAAUUAUCAUCAUCACAGAUUUAUGAAACUCUACAUGAUGCAUUAAAUGCAAUGCAAGAAAAGAUAAAUAAAAUUGGAACAAAUACAGAUAAAGCGAUUGUAAUUGCACUUAUGAAUUAUCCAACUCAAAAUGAACAAUCAUCUCGUAAACGUCGUGCAACAAAUCAAGCUGCAAAUUCUAAUAUAAUUGUAUCUGAUAAUAAAACAUGUAUGUUUUAUGCUCAAAAUGCAAUUUGGAUUAAUAAAAAUGGAGAUAAAUCAUCCAGUCAAAGUUAUAAUUUAAAUUUAACUGGAAGUAAAUGUGUACUAAAUACAACAGUAACAAAUAGUAAUCAGAGUUCAGCUAUUCUUGAUCUUGUAUGGAUUAAUCCACAAUUAGCAUCGGAUGUUGUUAAUAUGAGAUUAGUUGCUACAAUCAUUGGACAAUACUGGUAUUUAACUAAUAUUACUGUUAAUGAUAAUCUUUAUCGAUAUUUUGCAUUUGGAAUGCAAAAUCUAAUGGAUACACCUCCUAAAUUUUCUUAUGUUUGUACAACAGCAACGUUUGUUCGAUAUGAUGAUACAACAAAAUAUGGAAAAUAUAAUUUUACUGAUAAAUUUAAUAUAAAAUCGUUUCAAUUCCAACCAUUUUAUGGUAAUGGUUCAUUUUUUGGUCCACCUAAUUACUGUACAUCAUUUUUUACAAGUGGAAUAUGGAUGGGUAUAACAUCAAGUUUACUUUGUCUCGCUAUAUUAUUAUUUGGUAUUACUCGUAUGAUGUCAAUUAAAUCCAAUGAUCGAUUUGAUGAUCCAAAAGGCAAACCAUUAAUUAUUAAAGCACAAGAAUAA